CACCUGCGGUCAGGUGGCGGCGGCGGUGGCGGCGGCGGCCUUGGGCGAGGUCAGGUAAGGAGCAGCGAGGAAGGCUCUGGAGCCAGGGUGACGGGGGAACUGGCUGAGUGGCUGCCCCUGAGCCCGAGGACGGCUUUUCCAGGCAGACGUGACCACCCGGCCCCCGCCUCGCGGGUGGCAGGCCCCUCGCCGCCUUUCCGGGAAUCACCGUAAACCCGCCGCCUGCUGAGGCUGCCGGCUGGAGAGCCCCCCACCCUCCCCGGGUGCCAGACGCCGUGUGCAUCGUGACUGCGACUCGUGCAACGGCCCUGCAAGGUCAGCCCCAUGGCUGUUUCAAAUGGUUCAAAUGAAACUUCCUAUUUGCUGCCUCCACAUGAGGAGGACUGGGAAGAGCAAGGCAUUCCUGACUUUGUCUACGGACAGAAGGAACUCGUGUGGGAUGGGAUUCAGUGGUCGAGGGAUGCACCCAGCCUCCCAGACACGCUGCCGCUUUCUCCUUUUGACUCUGCACUCUGCUCUGCCUGGAGGCAGCGGAUGGAGCUGGGGCUGUUCCGAUACUGCCUGGGGGAGCUGCAGACCCAAACCCUCCCUGGUUCCAUAGGUUUUGUGGCUCAGCUGAAUGUGGAGCGAGGGGUGCAGAGGCGGCCCCCCCAGAACAUCAAGAGUGUGAGGCAGCCCUUUGACCCUGAACAGUUUAACUUCAACAAAAUCCGGCCGGGAGAAGUCCUUUUCCGUUUGCGCCGGGAGCCUGAUCUCCCAGGUGUUCUUGAGCAAGAGGAUAUCCUCGUGAUGGUCAACGUCAGCCCCCUAGAGUGGGGCCAUGUGCUGCUGGUGCCCGAGCCCGUCCGGGGACUCCCCCAGCGCCUGCUGCCAGGUGCACUGCGAGCCGGGCUCGAGGCUGUACUGCUGAGCUCACACCCAGGUUUUCGUGUCGGCUUCAACAGUCUGGGUGGCUUGGCCUCCGUGAACCACCUCCACCUGCAUGGCUAUUACCUGGCCCACAGACUGCCUGUGGAGGGGGCACCAAGUGAGCCUCUGGACCCUGGGGGCCAUUUGCACUUGCUCCAGGCUGUCCCAGCUCCUGGCUUUCUCUUUUACACCAGUGGGCCAGGGUCAGACUUGGAAGCCUUGGUAAGCAGGGUCUGUCGAGCCACUGACUAUCUGACUGACCGUGAGAUUGCACAUAACUUGUUUGUGACCCGGGGAGCCUCACCUGGAAAGAGUUCACCUUCCUCAGCCCUCACAGGGGUCCGGGUAAUCCUCUGGCCCCGGAAGUCCAGCUUUGGGAUAAAGGAAGGCGAGGCGUUCAAUGUUGCCCUCUGUGAGUUGGCUGGGCACCUCCCUGUCAAAACAUCCCAGGACUUCAGCAGCCUGACCGAGGCAGCCGCUCUGGCCCUCAUUCAAGACUGUUUGCUGCCCCCAGCCCAGGCAGAAGAGGUCCGGGCAGCACUGGUGGCCUUGAUAGCCCAGGAGGAGCAGUAAUCCUUCCAGAAGUAUUUAUUUUUCUAACUGAUCUAUGUCCCUUUCAACAGUGAUUUGGGCGUUUUCACAACUGCCUUCUCACUUGUGUCGGCCUAAGAGGAGGGAUCCAGAACUGAUAAAAAUGGUCUCUUUCAAGAGGAGAUACGUUGGAAUAAAUCGAAUGCAUGAGCUCUCA